AUCUAACCAAUCAGCCAUCUCCUUACUAACCAAUCAGAGGAGCGCCAGGGAUCUCUUCCUGUUUGACCGACAGAUACACAAUUUAUCGGAGAAGUGUACGGACGCAGAUCAUGGGAGGCAUCAAACAAGAGCAGAGUGAAGCAUCACAGCAGCCCAAACCUUCACACUCGAUGGAUCCACCACAAGAAGAGCCAAAGAAGAGAGGCUGGCCAAAAGGAAAGAAAAGAAAGAAGGUGCUACCAAAUGGUCCCAAGGCACCAGUUACAGGAUAUGUCCGCUUCCUGAAUGAACGACGAGAACAUAUGCGGGCCCGAUACCCAGACUUACCUUUCCCAGAAAUCACCAAGAGACUUGGAGCAGAGUGGACACGAUUGGCCUUGAAUGACAAACAGCGCUAUCUGGACGAGGCAGAGCGGGAGAAGAUGCAGUAUGCCCAGGAACUAAAGGAAUACCAGCAGACUGAGGCCUAUCAGAUUACCAGUGCUAAAAUACAAGACAAGAGGAUCAAGAAAGAAGAUUCUCCGUCUGUUUUUAUCAGAACAAGUUCAGAGUCAGCUCUAUCAAAGGGUUCUGACCUCACAAGAUUUGACAUCCCUAUCUUCACAGAGGAGUUUCUCGAUCAGAACAAAGCUCGAGAGGCUGAGUUGCGAAGGCUUCGUAAGGCCAACAUUGAGUUUGAAGAGCAGAAUGCAGUGCUUCAGCGACACAUUAAGGACAUGUACAAUGCUAAAGAGCGUCUGGAAGCUGAACUGGGGCUGGACGAAAAGCGAACCCAGUCUCUUCAUCAACACUUGCUGGCCAUUAAACACACAUUGGUCAACAGUCUUUCUUCAGUCCCCCUGCCAGGCACAGGUGAGACAGCAUCUGUUGGGAACUUGGACUCAUACCUGAGUCGUCUCAGUGGAGUCCUGGAGGGAAACCCUCACAAGCAUCGUGCCCUGCUCACACAGCUUUGUGAUGUCCUCUCUCAUUUGGACAGUGAGAAGUUAUGAGGACACUCCAGCUGGAGAUCCAUUCAUUCUUGCAUCUUGAGGACACAACAGGCUCAGUAGUAUUUAAUAAAGUUAAUACCUUUUGUAGCAUCUGGAUAUCUCAAAGAAAGUAAAGACAAGGGUAAAAAACUCCUGAAAAAACAGUCUUUAUCUACAUGCCUUUUUUAUGAGUAUAUGUAUUCAUGCUGAGUUGUUGUGAAUGUAAAUCUGUGUGGUAGUGUUGAGGUUUUUUACAGUUCAGGAUGUAAUUCUAUCUUCUUUACUGCUUUAAUAAGUGAAUUUAUUGUGACCUUUACCCUAGUAUGUAGAAUUAGGUGAUGCUUACAGGCCAUUGACCUCUCUGACAAGACAAGCCUGUAAAUAAUGUUUUACAAUAAAUGCCAGUUGGAAUUUGAUGGGUGGGUAAAGUGUAUGUAGCGUUAUUUAGAUUACAUAAAAAUGAAAAUGGUGUCAGAAUAUUAUAUAUUUGUCAAGUAUAUUUGUAUUUUCUGAAAUGUUCAUUAAACCUAACUGACAGUUUUCAUAAACAA